CUGAGAGGAUACUCUACAACAAAAGUUCUUCAACAAUCAAGCAAGUGGAAGUACAGACUGGCUUCUCUCCUUUUCUCCACGCAUGGCUGCUUAGCUCCUGCAAAUACAACUUGUGUAGAAUAAAGUUCGGGCGGCGGAGGCAGAGGGGAGUCUGCGCUUCUAAAGAUGGACAAUUUAAUAAGGACGAGAAUGCGCAGGAGAAUACCGCUGUUAUUCUACAUCCUGCUCCAUGUAACGACGACAAAAGCUGCUGAUCCCAUCGAUGUCCUUCGAGUGCUGGACCUGUCAGACAACAUGGAGGGAGUGUCCCUGGAGGCGGGUUUUUGCACUAACAGGAAGGGCAUGGAGGAGACAGACCUGGCCUACAAGAUAGACAAAAAAAUCCAACUUAGUGCCCCCACCAAGCAGCUCUUCCCUGAUUCACAAUUUCCUGAGAAUUUCUCCCUAAUGGCUGCAGUGCGAGCUAAAAAGGGCUCGCAGUUUUUCCUGCUUUCAGUGUAUGAUGACCAAGGAGUGCAGCAGCUGGGGAUUGAAGUAGGCCGUUCGCCUGUCUUCCUGUAUGAGGACCAGCAUGGACAGCCCAUGCCAGAAUUGUAUCCCACCUUUAAGGAGAUCAACACUGCUGAUGGAAAAUGGCACAGGAUAGCCUAUAGUGUGCAGGACAAGUCUGUGACCCUAUACUUGGACUGUCAAAAGAUAGAAACCCUGGAUCUGCUACGAGGGGACAAUGCAAUAGUCAGCACAGAGGGUGUCACUGUGUUUGGGACGCGACUGCUGGAUGAAGAUGUGUUUGAAGGAGAUAUUCAGCAGCUGCUGAUUCUCGAAGACCCCCAUGCUGCUGCCAACUACUGUGCAAAAUACAUACCAGACUGUGACUCUCCUUUGCUCUACAAUAUCCAAGCCCUGGAUCUGCAGGAGAACAUCCAACUUGGGUCUGAUGCCUUGAUGCAAAGGGACCAUCCAGAUGAACCAAAGAAGCACUCUAAAAAGGACAGGAAAGGCAAAAAGAACAAAAAGAAGAGGGACAAGGGCUCAAAAGGCAAAGGAAAACGCAAAGGCAAGGGAAAGAAGGAAUCCAGGAAGAAAAAACAUGAAGAGGAGGGUCUUGAGGAUGGCUUCCUCAGAGUGUCCACAACACUGCCUGAGUAUCUAUCCCAAGAACCCUUUCAUCCUACAGAGUUGCCAGAAAUUAAGAGCACCCUAGAAAGUGACUUUCCCUCUGAAGUGUUUGCCAAGACCCUCAUGGAGAUGCCCACACAUGAACCUGACUCUGUAACUGCGGCCCCCACUGUGAGACCUAGUGCAUUGCCUGAAUCAGAGGUUACUGAGGAGAAGGACAAGCCAGUGAAGAAGCCAGUGCUAGAAGAGCACGAGGAUGACAUUUACAGAGACCUUUAUGAUGAUCUCUCAGUUUCCACGGUAACAGUGGGCCCAAAUGUUACUGACUAUGAGAUUCUUGAAUAUGAAGAUUAUACAAAUGACACAGAGUCAGAGUAUGAAGAGUAUGAGACAUAUGGGGAUGGCUAUGACUUUGCAGAGCGAGAAAGAGAACAGACAUGGAACAUAGAGGCAAGCCUCAGAGCAGAAAAAGGCCAGAAGGGAGAGCCAGCCAUUAUUGAACCGGGUACAUUGGUUGAAGGAUCCCCAGGUCCACCAGGACCAGAGGGGCUUCCUGGCCCAGCUGGACCCACAGGCCCUCCAGGACCAAGAGGUGAUCCUGGUGAACUGGGUCCCCCAGGACGCCCUGGUCUUCCUGGGGUUGAUGGGAUUCCAGGUCCUCCAGGAACCUUGCUAAUGCUACCAUUCCAGUAUGGAGGUGAUUCCCAGAAGGGGCCAGUGGUGUCUCCACAGGAAGCACAAGCCCAAGCUAUCCUGCAACAGUCCAAGCUGUCACUGAGGGGACCACCAGGACCUUUGGGCCUCACAGGCCGCCCAGGCCCACCGGGUGUUCCAGGCAAUGCUGGGAUUAAAGGAGACAGGGGAGAAAGUGGCCCUGCUGGGCUGCGUGGAUUGCCAGGCCCUCCAGGUCUUAAUGGAAAAGUAGGAAAGAGGGGGCGUGCAGGAGUAGAUGGAGGUCGUGGGGCUCCAGGUGAAACAGGUUCCAAGGGUGACAGGGGCUUUGAUGGCCUGCCAGGUCUCCCGGGAAACAAGGGACACAGAGGGGACAGAGGAAAGCCUGGUCCUCAUGGGCCUGUUGGAGAGCCAGGAGAAAAGGGAUCUGAUGGACCUGUGGGCCCAAGAGGACAACCAGGUGAACCUGGUCCACGGGGUCUUGUUGGGCCAAGGGGUCCACCUGGUCCACCUGGCCAAGCGGGUAUUCGUGGAGCUGAUGGAGUACAAGGGUUAAAGGGUAACUUGGGUCCUCCCGGAGACAUAGGGCCCCCGGGUCAACAGGGAAAUCCAGGAGCACAGGGCUUGCCCGGUUCUCAGGGUCCCAUUGGAUUGCCAGGAGAGAAGGGUCCGCAGGGAAAACAAGGCAUGCAGGGACUACCAGGCAUUGAUGGUCCUGCUGGUCACCCAGGAAGAGAGGGUCCCGCAGGAGAGAAAGGCAUCCAAGGUUUGCCAGGUGCUCAGGGGCCUGUUGGAUACCCAGGAACCCGAGGAGUCAAGGGAGCAGAUGGAGUUAGGGGUCUAAAGGGGAGCAAAGGAGAGAAGGGAGAAGAUGGUUUCCCUGGAUUCAAAGGUGACAUGGGUAUCAAGGGAGACAGGGGUGAUAGCGGCGCUCCAGGUCCUCGUGGAGAAGAUGGACCAGAAGGGCCAAAGGGCCAAUCAGGACCCAUUGGAGAUCCAGGACCUCUUGGGAUAGCUGGCGAGAAGGGUAAACUUGGUGUGCCUGGAUUGCCAGGAUACCCAGGACGACAAGGAUCUAAGGGAUCACUUGGUUUCCCUGGUUUGGCUGGGGUCCUAGGAGAAAAAGGACGACGGGGUCCAGCUGGUCAGCCAGGGUCUGGGGGCCAGAGAGGUCCAAAUGGAGUCCGUGGGGGAAGAGGAGCAAGGGGGCCUACUGGAAAGCCUGGAGAAAAGGGCUCUGCAGGACAAGAUGGUCCUCCAGGAUCCCCUGGAGAACAGGGUCCCCAAGGACCACAGGGAAGACACGGUGAACCUGGACCAAGAGGACCUAAUGGUCCACCAGGAAAAGAUGGAUUACCAGGUCAUCCAGGCCAGAGAGGGGAACCAGGUUUCCAAGGGAAAAAUGGACCUCCUGGACCCCCAGGUGUUGUGGGACCACAGGGUAAAUCUGGUGAGACAGGGCCAACUGGAGAUAGAGGCCAUCCAGGUUCACCAGGACCCCCUGGAGAGCAUGGUUUACCAGGAAUUGCAGGAAAGGAGGGUACCAAGGGAGAUCCAGGACCACAAGGAGCUCCAGGGAAGAGUGGUCCUGCUGGGCUCCAAGGCUUCAGAGGGAGCAGAGGGACACCUGGUGCAAUGGGUCCUGCAGGACUGAAGGGGGGAGAGGGUCUACCUGGUGUUGCUGGAGCCAUUGGUGCCACAGGAGAGAGGGGUCCUGCUGGGUCGGCGGGUGCUAUUGGCCAGCCGGGUCGACCUGGUGGUGUGGGACCUGCUGGGCCGAUGGGAGAGAAAGGCGAUCCAGGAGAGAAGGGGCCUAUUGGGCCAGCAGGGCAUGAUGGAGAACCAGGACCUGUAGGACUGCCAGGGCCUGCUGGACCUCCUGGACCUCCAGGAGAGGAUGGAGACAAGGGAGAGACAGGAGGACCAGGCCAGAAGGGUAGUAAAGGAGACAAAGGAGAAGCUGGCCCCCCUGGACCUAUUGGAAGUCAAGGACCUGUAGGCCAACCUGGACUUACAGGUGCAGAUGGUGAGCCAGGUCCUCGGGGACAGCAGGGUAUGAAUGGAGCCAAAGGAGAUGAAGGACUGAGGGGAUUUAAAGGGGCCACAGGUCCAUCUGGACUACAGGGAAUGCCAGGACCACCAGGGGAAAAAGGAGAGAGCGGACAUGUUGGUUCAAUUGGCCCACCAGGACAGCAUGGCCCAAGAGGGCCACAAGGGCCCAUUGGUGGAGAGGGUGCAUCUGGAUUGCCUGGUGGAGUUGGUCAGCCCGGACUUGUCGGAGAGAAGGGUGAGGAUGGAGAGGCAGGGGACCCUGGUUCUGUUGGUGAACCUGGUGGCGCUGGUGGUAAAGGCGAAGUUGGGGAGAAGGGUGACACUGGUCCGCCCGGUGCAGCUGGGCCUCCAGGACCCAGAGGAACACCAGGGGAGGACGGGCCCAAAGGCAACAUUGGCCCUAUUGGAUUUCCUGGGGAUUCAGGGCCCCCUGGAGAGCCUGGUGUCAAUGGAGUAGAUGGUGGAUCAGGGCCUAAGGGAGACAGUGGAGAAGCAGGCAAAGCAGGACCCCCAGGAGCGUCUGGUGAACCAGGCCCAUCAGGACCUCCUGGACGGAGGGGUCACAUAGGUGCUACAGGAAAGGAAGGGAAGCAGGGGAUGAAGGGAGCAAAGGGGACAACAGGAACCCAGGGUCCAGUUGGAAAGACAGGUCCUGUGGGACCACAAGGACAUCCAGGGAGAUCUGGCCCAGAAGGACUGCGAGGCAUCCCAGGCCCUGCAGGUGAGCAAGGGUUGAAUGGGCCACCAGGACAGACUGGACCACCAGGACCAAUAGGCCCACCAGGACUUCCAGGACUGAAAGGAGACCCUGGAACAAAAGGAGAUAAAGGGCAUGGUGGGUUAAUUGGUCUAAUUGGUCCCCCAGGGGAACCUGGUGAAAAGGGAGACAGAGGUUUACCAGGGAACCAGGGUACACAAGGGCCUAAAGGAGAUGAGGGUGUUGCUGGCCCGCCUGGUCCCACUGGCCCACCGGGAUCACCUGGAUUGUCAGGUGCAGCUGGUGAGAAAGGAUCGAAGGGAGACACGGGUGUCAUCGGUCCCAGAGGAGAUCCAGGCCCUGCUGGCUUACCAGGACCCCCAGGACCCCCUGCCACAAUAGUUCAGCCCUUACCUAUCAGGGAGGGCAAGCGAAAGAGAAGAAGGCAUUCAGAUCGGGCAGGAGCAUCAACCCCAUCCAGAGAAGAAGAUGGAGAUUUGUAUAAAGAGGAGUUCCUUCAAGGAGAUCAGCCUCUUGAAGAUGCAGAGGGAAUGGAGGAAGUCUUUGCCACACUUGCUUCCAUGAAAACUGAAGUGGAGCUUAUGAGAAGGCCACUGGGGACCUUUGAAAGCCCUGCCCGCACUUGCAAAGAGCUCAUGAUGGUCCAACCUGAUUACAAAGAUGGAGACUACUGGAUAGAUCCUAACCAAGGUUGCCACAGAGACUCUAUCAAGGUCUACUGUAACUUCACAGCUGAUGGAGAGACCUGUCUCUACCCUGACAAGAGGAUUGAGAUGGUGAAAUUAGCAGCUUGGAAUAAAGAGAAGCCAGGAAGCUGGUACAGCCAAUACAGGAAAGGCAAGCAGUUUGCCUACAUUGACAGGGAUGGGACCCUAGUACAUGUGGUUCAGCUGACCUUCCUGAAACUACUAAGCGCCACAGCCAAGCAGAGCUUCACCUACACCUGUCAGAACUCAGCAGGGUGGUUUGACAGCACCUCUCAGUCCUACAAACAUGCCCUCCGCUUCCGGGGGAGCAAUGAUGAGGAGCUGACACAAGCCAAGAGCCCAUUUAUACAUGCUGUGCAUGAUGGAUGCCAGUACCGCAAAGGUCAGGAAAGGACUAUCCUAGAGAUUGAUUCCCCUUCUGUGGAGUUGCUCCCUAUUGUAGAUGUGGCUCCAACAGACUUUGGCAACAACAACCAAAAGUUUGGAUUCCAAGUUGGACGAGUAUGCUUCAAUGGUUAACAUCUUGCCAAUAAAGCACAGAGGAAGUCCUGCACAAAGUUUUGGUGAAUGAAACAAGACUAUUACCACUACCCCAAGAAAUAUUUAUUUCCUUAUGUUCCUGUAUAUGGUGGGUUUGUGGUAUAUUAUUUAAGAUUCUUCAGCAGCCAAUGAAAUAGGUUUUGUGGCUUUACAAUAAGAAGAACGCCAAGAAAAAGAACGUACACAACAUUGGGAACAAAGCACAUUUACCAAAGGGAAAUACUCCAGUUAGAUAUAUUUAAUUUUAAGUAUUUUUGUUUUAUUUUUCUCACACUGUUUGAGUGUGCUGUAAUAUAUCCUCAAGACUUAUGAGGAAUGCACCGCUUAUGACCACUUAUAAAUAAUAAAAAAAAAAAAAAGACAGAUCUGUUUGAGGAGGAAAAGAACAGUCUGUCAUUCUGUGGUAAAGGUCAAUUAAGUGGGAUAUUCUAGGCCUUGGAUAGAAAAUAGUUACUACCUAAUGUGUUAUAAAAGACCGCGACUGAAUAAACCAGAGAAGGUGUCAUACUCUUGCUUGCCCAAAUUUCAUUAUGCAGACAAUUGCAUAGCAGUUGUGAACUAGCCUAGCAUAUUAAUUUCACACAAGCAGCACAAUUAAUUUCCUGUGUUCAGGAGUGAUAAAUUGUCCUUUUUACCCUUCAACUGCAGUUUGCUCAGUGAAUUACCUUGUUUAGUAUUCAGUAAGCAUAGGUAGUUAUUGAACCCAACACUUACUUGAAUGAAUAAGGAUGUUUCCAUCAUUAGACUGCUUUCCUUCAUGGGUUUAAUAAUACAGUUUUAGAGUGCUCUAUGUUACCAUAGCCAAUAGUGCUGCAUAUGGCAAAUCAACAUCCCCCCUACUGUUAUAUAAACUUGCUAUGAUAUACCACAGCAGUUUGACUGGGGAUAUUUCAAUUAAGAGCAUGAAAAUUCUGCAGUCCUUCAUACUAAGAGAUAUUUUCUAUGCAUCUCUUAAAAGCAAGUUUUGAAAUUGUUAAUAUACAGUAACAUGUUUUCAGGUUUCUGUGCUACUCAGAGUUUUUUGUUCCUCUGUUUUGUUGAUAUGUUAAAAGUCAAACAGAAAAUGUUGCCAUUCAGUUGACAUGAUCUGUUUUUCAGUGGUGCUAAAAAAUUGUUAUUUUUGUGUCACUGUGAUGUCUCUAUGGCUAGAGAGGAGGGGGUUGUUGCCCUUUCAGCAGCACAAAACACUCCAAGAUGCUGGAGAACAGUCCACUUAUCGUGUUAUUUGUAUAUCGUCUGAUUGAUUGGACUAAUUUCAAAGGGCUGGUGAAAGACGUUAGGAAUACUCCAGAGUAAUGUGCAUGAUUGCUUUAAAGGGAAAAUCGACUUUUAAAAUGAAUUUACAUUGUACUGUUCAGUGGUUUUGGACAUUAAAUCUAGAGACAUGAUCAGACAACAGACAACUCUCCUUGAACAUAGUUAAGAUUCAUGUUAACAAAUUGGUCUGUGACACAUUAUAGAAAUUAUAAAUGUGUGUGAAUUAUAUUUUAAAGCUGAUUUUUCCUUUGCAAAAUGAAAUUCUAAAUGCUCUGCCUAACUCUUCCUGCUCAAACAGUAGACUGUUUAUACGGCAUGCAUAAUUAGAAAAUUCACCCCUGCUGUUUUAUUUGUUUCGCAGCAUUUAAACAUUCCAGUAAUUAACUCUCUUCUAGUUCCAUCCUGCAUCGCACCUCCUGUGUAUAGUGUUUGUUGUACUAAUUUUAUAUACUGUACAGAUAUUCUGAGGUUCUUUGUGAGAAAUAACCUGUUGCCUGAAUGAAAAACAAAUGUAUUUGUCAAAAAGUUGAUGUGAAUUAAAAACAAGGAAUGA